GCAAGCCAAGGAACACCCAGGAUGGCCAGUGACCACCAGCAGCUGGGAGAGAGGCAAAGAAGAGUCUGCCCACAGCCCCUAGAUGGAGUGUGGCCCUGCGCACAUCUUCAUUUCCAACAUCUGGCCUCCAGAGCCAUGAGAGAAUAUAUUUCUGUUGUUGGAAGCCAUCCAACUUGUGGAACUUUGUUACAGCAGCCCUGGGGAAUGAAUGCACGGUCUUAGAGGUGAGACUUUUGGUAUUCAGAAAAAGGCCUUGUCCUAUGUGAAUUUCCCAUCUCUUUAUGGCUGCCUGAAAACCCACCCGUAACAUGCUUCCUUCCUUUAGAAGAAGGGGCAGGUCCCGGCUUCUAUUCAGAUGUCCCUGGAAAGUCACAUUCCUCGGUUGCCUCUAUCAUGUCUUCAGUGCAAAUGCUUCUAUAGACCAUGUGACAGUUCUCAGUGUUGGAAAUGUCUCCCUCCUUCCGCCGGGGUGGGCUCCCUCCUCAGAUCUCCAGCCUCCACGCAGGACCUGGGGGAGGUGGACUGAGUGGGUGAGAUCCCUCCCAGGGCAGCAUUCGGCAGACUGCAAGUCAAGAGUGCAGAGUGUAUGCAGCCAGGGGUAGCAGCCACUUCAGGAUCUGGGUCUGGAUUUGUGCUGAGAACCACUAUGGCCUUUUAAAGCCAGUGAGGAGGUUUUCUGGGGGCCCAGAAGCCCUGAGCCCAUUGGCCAGACCUCCUGGGAGAAGCGGAGCAGAUUUGCAUCAAAAAGAACACUGGCUUCAUUGAAAUUCUCCUCAUCUUGAGUGAAACAAAACCACAAAGAAGAGGAAAGUUUUAAUUCUGAGAAACUUCACUGAGGAGCUUUUUUUUUUUUUUUUUUUUUUAACUUCUAAAAAUAGAGAGGAAAUGAGCCUCUUUGGGUCACUCUAGUUGCCGCCUCCCCCCGCCCCAUGCCUGCCCCCGCUGCCCACUCAAGGCCAGCCUCUCACAGUGGGUGACUGAGCUGUCUUCAGUGGAAGCCUGAGGCAGAUGCCACGCAAUUCUGGAGCUGGAUACGGCUGCCCACACGGGGACCCCAGCAUGCUGGACAGCAGAGAGACCCCACAGGAGAGCCGGCAGGACAUGACUGUGGGGACCACCCAAGAAAAAUUGAAAACCAGGUUCUUAAACAGACUGCUGCCAGGUGGGCCUGGGUGUGUUCACAAACUUAGUUUUGUUCGGAACCUGCAGUGCCGACAAGGAGUAAGGCUGAAUGUGAGAAGCAGCUCACUGACUGACAGGCAGCCACUCUCCAAAGAGUCCCUGAACCAUGCUCUCAAGCUCUCAGUGCCAGAGAAGGUGAACAAUGCCCAGUGGGAUGCUCCAGAGGAGGCACUGUGGACGACUCGGGCCGAUGGGCGAGUGCGCCUACGCAUAGACCCCAGCUGCCCACAGCUUCCCUACACUGUGCAUCGGAUGUUCUACGAGGCCCUGGACAAGUACGGGGACUUCAGCGCUCUGGGUUUCAAGUGCCAGGACAAGUGGGAGCACAUCUCCUACUCCCAAUACUACCUGCUCGCCCGCAGAGCCGCCAAGGGCUUCCUGAAGCUCGGCCUGGAGCGGGCCCACAGUGUGGCCAUCCUCGGCUUCAACUCCCCGGAGUGGUUCUUCUCGGCAGUGGGCACAGUAUUUGCAGGUGGCAUCGUCACCGGCAUCUACACCACCAGCUCCCCCGAGGCCUGCCAGUACAUCGCUUAUGACUGCUGCGCCAAUGUCAUCAUGGUUGACACGCAGAAGCAGCUGGAAAAGAUCCUGAAGGUCUGGAAACAGUUGCCACAUCUAAAGGCAGUCGUGAUCUAUAAAGAACCUCCUCCAAACAAGAUGGCCAAUGUGUACACGAUGGAGGAAUUCAUGGAGCUGGGGAAUGAAGUGCCCGAGGAAGCCCUGGACGCCAUCAUUGACACCCAGCAGCCCAACCAGUGCUGUGUGCUAGUCUACACUUCCGGCACCACUGGGAACCCCAAGGGCGUGAUGCUGAGUCAAGACAAUAUCACGUGGACAGCAAGGUACGGCAGCCAGGCCGGUGACAUCCGGCCGGCAGAAGUCCAGCAGGAGGUGGUAGUCAGCUACCUGCCCCUCAGCCACAUUGCUGCCCAGAUCUACGACCUGUGGACAGGCAUCCAGUGGGGGGCCCAGGUCUGCUUUGCCGAACCCGACGCCCUGAAGGGGAGCCUGGUGAACACGCUGCGGGAGGUGGAGCCCACAUCGCACAUGGGGGUGCCCCGGGUGUGGGAGAAGAUCAUGGAGCGCAUCCAGGAGGUGGCGGCUCAGUCUGGCUUCAUUCGGCGCAAGAUGCUGCUGUGGGCCAUGUCGGUGACCUUGGAGCAGAACCUCACCUGCCCUGGCAGCGACCUGAAGCCCUUCACAACCAGACUGGCAGAUUACCUGGUGCUAGCCAAGGUCCGCCAGGCACUGGGCUUUGCCAAGUGUCAGAAGAACUUCUAUGGAGCAGCCCCCAUGACAGCAGAGACACAGCACUUCUUCCUGGGCCUCAACAUACGCUUGUAUGCAGGCUACGGCCUCAGUGAGACCUCAGGCCCCCACUUCAUGUCCAGCCCCUGCAACUACCGGCUGUACAGCUCAGGAAAGUUGGUGCCUGGCUGUCGGGUGAAGCUGGUGAACCAGGACACAGAGGGCAUUGGCAAGAUCUGCCUGUGGGGCCGCACCAUCUUCAUGGGCUACCUGAACAUGGAGGACAAGACGUGCGAGGCCAUUGAUGAGGAAGGCUGGCUGCACACGGGCGACGCUGGCCGACUGGAUGCCGAUGGCUUCCUCUACAUCACUGGGCGCCUCAAAGAAUUAAUCAUCACAGCUGGUGGGGAGAAUGUGCCCCCUGUGCCCAUCGAGGAGGCCGUGAAGAUGGAGCUACCCAUCAUUAGCAACGCCAUGCUGAUUGGGGACCAGAGGAAGUUCCUGUCCAUGCUGCUCACCUUGAAGUGCACUCUGGACCCAGACACCUCUGACCCGACUGAUAAUCUGACUGAACAAGCUGUGGAGUUCUGCCAGAGGGUGGGCAGCAGAGCCACCACAGUGUCUGAGAUCGUAGGGAAGGAUGAGGCCGUGUACCAGGCCAUCGAAGAGGGGAUCCGGAGAGUCAACAUGAAUGCUGCAGCCCGGCCCUACCACAUCCAGAAGUGGGCCAUUCUCGAGAGAGACUUCUCCAUUUCCGGUGGAGAAUUGGGUCCCACGAUGAAACUGAAACGGCUCACAGUUUUGGAGAAGUACAAAGAUAUCAUUGACUCCUUUUACCGGGAGCAAAAAAUGUAGUCAGGGCCCAUGCUUGCAGUUUCUACAGAAUAGAGGGCAGGCGUUCCGAGCCUCUUCCUGAGCCCCAGGUCUCUUCAGUCUGGACACAGGCAUUUCUGGCAAGUCUGUUAGAUCUCCAGGUCAGGGCACAGCACUGGCUCCACAUUUACCAGGUCUUACGCCAACAAUAGCUGACAAUUCCGACAAGCUUCACGUGUGGGUAGUUUUAAUUCAGUUUAAGUAUUGCUUUUUGUUCAGGUGACAAAUGAGGUCAACUCUCCUUCCAGAACGAAAGGGCUGAUAAUUUUUGGCCUUGGUUCCAGGUAGAUUAAAAAGCUGCUAGCUCACAUACAGGACAGCCAGCAGCAGGCUGUGGAGGGGGUGGGAGGGAGAUGGCUGAUACUGCUCAUGUGCGCUGCAGGAAAAGAAUCAGUUACAACUUACCUAGCGACCUGACUUACUCUGGAAUCGCGGUGGACAUCGCCAACCUGUUAUUCCAUUACCAGGCACUCCUCUGCCACACACAUGCCAACUGACUUGAUGCUUAAUAAAACUGCUGCUGCCGAUUUGAUUCUAUUUAAUGUAUAAUUUGAAUAUUAAACCUUUUAACAGAACUGUCAACAAGGACCUGAUUUUUUUGUCAAUUGAGCAGGUGGGACCAGUGCAGACAGUAGUGGGUAUUUAACUCACAGGACUGUGCACAGCAGGCGUGCGAGUGACCAUUAGUGCCCUGGAAUAAACAAAGGUGCAGGAUGGCGUCAAGUGGAGCAUUCUCAUAAAAACAGCCAACUCUACGUUAGCCUGUCGCCACCAGACCACCCCACUUCCACUCUAAAUAUGAGAAGCAGCCAUUCUCAGUAGCAAGCUGAGCCAAAAUGACUGAAGGCAUCUGAACAGGAAACAGGUAGAGAAAGCAAACAUCUCAAUCAGUUUUGGAAUUCUUUAUUACUUUGAACCCAAGAGCCACUGAUAACUAGCUCAAGCCAAUGAAACAGAGAAAGCAGCAGCUUAAACAAAGGAAAAUACAUUUAAGAUUAUAAGUCUGCUUACAAGCUUAAAAAGUGACCCAGACAGGAAUAUCAUUGCUAAAAAAAAAAAAAAUCCCCUUGUGACCUGGGUACAUUUUGCAAAGCCACAGGUUUGCAAUGUUACACAAGGGCCAAGGGAGGUCAUGAGUUGUCUUUGGUUGUGGGGCCAGAGGGUAACUGUUCAUGAAAAUAGUGAGUGUCUGAAGAUUAAGAAAAUCAUGCUGCAGCGAAGGAUAAGGGAGAGGAAGGCAGGAAGGGAAAGGAGACACCUGAAGGUCAAAAGCUGAGCCCAAGCCUAAGCCCAAGCUCAGGCCCCAGCAUGGCACAAUUUUGUGAAUUAACUCAGGCUGAGUCGCCUCCAUUCUUUGGAAUGUCAUCUUGUACCGCUGAGGCAGAGGGCAGUAAUUGGUGCUCUGGGAUAGGAGAAGGGGCAGUUGCUGAAAUACAAAAUUAAUAGUCAGCAUCCCGAGUUCCUCAAUUGCAGCCAAAAUACAUGUAUUCAGGCCUUUCAGCAGUAUCACCCCCAGAACUACCAGCUGUAGUGUGGUCCAUUCCCAAACAGCAACGUGCAAGAAUAAGUUUACAAUACACUCAGCCCUUCUGGCUUAAGAUCAGGGGCUCAGAGGCUGUGACAACUCAUGAUGCUGAAAAUGUAUCCAAUGAAAACGAAGUACUAGCUCUCUGCUUCAUUAAAAGCUCUUGGAAAGAAUAUUAAAUCUCAAGACAACAAAAUAA